AUGUCUACUGGUGCUUCAUCAUCAAAUAUUAUUAUCCGAUUACAAAAUUUACCUAAUGAGGCACGUGCUAUUGAUAUUCGCCGAUUCUUUAUCGGUUUGAACAUUCCUGACGGUGGUGUGCAUGUCGUCGGCGGUGAAAAAGGUGAUGCUUUCAUUAAUUUUAUCUCGGACGAUGAUGCUCGACAGGCAAUGACGAAAACAGGAAGUAUUUGUGGAAAUCCGAUCAAGUUAUUUUUAAGUAGCCAAUCUGAAAUGCAAAAAGUUAUUGCACAAGCUCGUGCAGCUCCAUCAAUUAAGGCAAGUACUAUUGCUGUAGAACCAGCUUUUGUCGAACAAACUGAUCAAGCAACUUCAAAUCUAUCAAAAAUACCGUCAGCCAACGCUCUUUCAUCGAUCCUUGCCGAAUUUCAAGCAAAGACAGCUCAACAGCAAUUACCAGUGCAACAGCCAACACCAGCACUCGAUCCGACAAAUCUUUUGUUAUUAGCUGCAGCACAGAAUGGAACAAAUCCAUUGGCUUUUCAACAUUUACUAGCAGCGUUAGGCCAAAAAGAUCAGCAAACACAGCCACAACAAGCACAAUUCCCGUUUCAAUUGCCAAUGGUUCCGAAUCCUCUCGCACAAUUUGGACAACAACCAAAUGGAUGGAUGAAUCCACAAUACCCAAAUGCUUUUCAACACCAACAACAACAACAGCAACAGCAACAACGAGCUGCUCUUCUCUUUCAACAAAGUCCAAAUUUAUUUAGCAAUCAUAACCAAGAUACUCAAAAUUCCUAUCCCAUUGCUGAGGACUGUUAUGUUCGUGUUCAAAAUAUUCCUGUUGGAUAUUCAUAUUAUCACAUAAAACAAUUGUUUUCCAAAUAUAAACUAAAUCUCUCGGAUAUCAAAAUUCUCAAUGAUCAAAAUGGUCAACGUACAGGCGAAAUUGUUCUGCGUUUACACACGAAUAAAGAUCUUGCAGACCUUCUGGCACAAGAUGGUCGGAUGCAAUGUUUCAAUUCACUAUUAGAUAUAAAGAAGAUCGAUGAAUUCACAUUUGCAUCAGCUGUUGAUUCGUUUGUUCCAGCGCUUGCAAAGAAAGCACCUGCUACGGCAGUGAAAAAUUGCAUUCGCGUGACAGGUUUACCGAAAUCCUACGAACGAAAAGAUGUCAAACGAUUCUUUGCCGGUUGUAAUGUGACUAAUCGUCCCGGUGGAAUAUUUAUCGAAGCAGAUACAACGAAUGGGCCAACAUUCGUGGAAUUCGAAACCGAACUUGACGCAGAAAAGGCUUUCUUCUACAAUGGAGAACAAAUGGGUUCAGCAAUAAUUGAAAUGUAUCGGAUGACAAAACCCGAUAUGGAAAAUGAAAUAAAUUCAUUAAAACGUGGACCGGAUCGUCCCGCUCGUCGGCCACCUCUGCUGCAUCCGGAGCCGACUCUCAGCAACAAUCGUAACGGCAACUCUGGUCAUUUAUUGCCGACACCAACUACGUAUCGUCGCACAUCGGACUCAUCCUAUUCAACAGGGAUGAAUAAUAAUUCAGAUCAACCAAUUGUUUGUCUUCGGUUAAGAAAUAUUCCUUAUUCAACUACCGAAAAACAAAUCUAUGAUUUCUUUGCUGGUAUACCUGUUCAAAUCGAUGGUUGUAAAUUAGUAUUUGAUCGAUUCAAUCGCGGUGCUGGUGAAGCUUUCGUUCAUUUUCCCGAUCCUCAAUCAUGUCAGCAUGCAUUUCAAACGAAAAAUCGACAGAUGUUCCAUGGACGAACGUUAGAUUUACGACCCAUGUCAUUGAGUGAAUUUCAAAAUGCGCCCACUACACCAAUACUAACAGCUAAUGAUUUAGCAUCGGCUGCAACAAUGAAUCAACAUUUUCCACAAACAAAUGUCAAACGUUACCCACAAUUUUACGAAAGAGAUGACGAUCGACGAAAUGAGAAAAGACCAAGAUGGGAAGGUGGACACAACAAUAAAGGUGGAUAUGGCUAUACUCGCAAUUCGCCACGAAUACCAAAAGAUGAUCAAGGACAGGAUAUGAAACCAGGUGAUGAUAAGAAGGUGCUCAAUGAUCGGCGUUCUUCAACGCCACCAGUUGCAUCUGCAACUAAUUUACCACCAUUACCAAGUGAACUAAAUGAAUAUGUUGGUCGCAUUCUGGUCCUAUCAAACGUUGCCUAUCGUGCAACACGUGAAGCAAUCCUAGAUUUUCUUCAACCCUAUUCUCCUAUUCCAGAAACAUUGAAAAUUCGCUGUGAUGGUAGUGGUAAACCAACAGGCUUUGGUGUUGUUGCUUGUGGAACCUCUGAUGAUGCUAAUCGUGCUGUUAGGGAAUUAAAUAAUGAAGAAUUCAUGUCGCGCAAAAUCUAUCUUCAACAAAGAUAA